GCCGCCGAUUCCCCGUCAUCUCUUUUUUGCCGCGCCCCUUUCAACGAAAAGGAAUUUGCUUUCUCAUUUGGCAUAAUGUCUGGAGAAAUGGAAAUCGACCCUCCGGUCUCGCAAGAGCAAGCCGAGCCGCAGACAAGCAACAGUGGCACCGAUGCUCGAACACACGACGGCGCUGUUGCCGUGCGCAGUAUCGAAGGAUGGAUUAUAAUAGCGACGAACAUUCACGAAGAAGCUUCCGAAGAAGACGUGACGGAUCUCUUUGCGGAGUAUGGCGAGAUCAAGAACUUCAGCCUAAACCUUGACCGCCGAACGGGUUACGUGAAGGGAUAUGCAUUGAUUGAAUAUUCGACGCUACCAGAAGCAGCUGAAGCUAUCAAGGAAUUGAACGGCACCAAGUUGCUCGAUCAGACAAUUGAAGUCGACUACGCAUUUGUCCGGCCACCGCCAUCCAACAAAGGGAAGUCCGGUGGAAGGGGCGGUCGUGGGGGGAGAAACCGCAGCAGGAGCCGUGACCGAAGCCGCAGCCCCGGAGCUGAGAACGAGAGGGAUUAAGAUACCAUAUAUGUUUUUUUCUAUUGUCGCUCUGGAAUGAACUCGCCCUGCUGUCCUUUUCGCAUGUCACUAUCAGCAAAUGAGGCAUGGAACACUGGUAGGCGUUCAGUACGAUACAGAGGCUCUACCGGGAACAAGCGAUCAUGGCCGGCAGUGUCCCUUAGCUCCCUUGAACACCAUCGAUAUUCCAACUCGGAACGAUGCUCGGGAUUACCUGCCGGCGUCGUUUUUUAUGAUUGGUGUGACGCCAAUAUCUCAAUAUCGCCAGAUAUCAAAUCGUGCACAGAUUACAACUAUUAGUUCACUAGAGGAUUCCGCGUGAUAUUCUCGACAAUACAAAUGU